AUGGAGAUACCUUCUUCAAGAUAUGCUCCGAGGGAGCCGGGAGGCCCUCCGCCCGCUAUAUACAUUGAUGGCUCGAAGCGCUUCAACCAGCCUGGAGGUUCCAACACGUCCCGCGUGCCGUCGUCAUCCAGUCUCUCUCCCGCCCUUGCUUCUAUUCCAAUGUCGAUACCCAACAACCGCCAUCUGGCCGAAGAUGAUGCGCCUCCCCCUCUACCACCGCCGAGAUACGUCCCUAUAAUGGGCUUUCCCGGUCCACCCCGACACGACCGGAUUCCUUCAAUUGACUCGAGUGGGAGCUGGGAUAGUCCAAAGCGUGACGCCGAGGUCGAUCGACCUCGAUUCGGUAACCAGGAGAAUGAGCAGAGGGCUGCACGGCCUAACCACAGAGACGAGGGCUAUCAUAGUUUGAACUCCACGAUAUCCUCACUUGGUUCGCAAGAUUCCCUGCCCAAGAAGCUAUUCAUGUCCCACGAUCAAUAUCAAUUCAACCGGCCGAGUGGUAGCGACUAUGACAACCACCUCCUCAAAAAGCUGGAUUCACGACGCACUUUCGAUAAUCGCCGAGCUGGGCAACGCCUGCAUCCCCAAGUGCCACAGCUGUCGCUAGCUAUCCGACCCAACGACAAGUCUUUGAUCGAUUCACCGGUACGGUUUACAGAAACUCCACUACAUGCCACCGCCUCGCCUCGAAGCAUGCCGUACUAUGGAGCUUCCAACGCAGAGUACCGAUCUCCCAUAGACCCUGCGGAUGUCGAUAGAUCGCCAUUUCCGCGGACAAGGAGGAACAACAGUGAUGACGCCACCAUGUCUACGCACAGCAGUGUAGAUGAUAAUGAUUUUCCAAUGGAAGAAACAUCGGGGAUCAGAAGGCUUCAUAUCGACGACUCUUUAAUGCGCCCCGAAUAUCAGACCGUGGGACAGAAGAGGCGGGCAUCAUCGCCGCCCGGCGAUGAUGUCCCGAUGCAAGGCGUACCAGGUUCCUGCGAGCUACUCCGUCGGCGUGAGGGUGUGUCACGAGCGUCUCCAACGCCUCGUCUCAGUGUCCUUCCACCAGAGUCGAUCUCGUCUGUAUCCUCUACAGGACGAACCGGUUCUUACGUAUCAGCACCCUCGUUGACCACUAGCAUUUCCAGCUUGAACUCGUUUGGUGGAAGAUCUCCUAGUGGCAUAUCUUCGGGUGGCUUUUCCCCAAUUGAAGUCAUGAACAAUUCACCCUACAAUACGCCUCUAUCUCUCGCUCCUUCGCCGAGCGCCCCUCUAGCUCGCAUGCCCCAUCAACGAAACCUCAGCAACGAGAACAGAUCACUCGCAACACCCCGCAAAGUAAGCGAAGUACCAAAAGCAAGCAUUUCGAAAAUUCAGGGUGGUUUCUUCAUGUGCGAGUGCUGUCCUAAGAAGCCGAAAAAAUUUGAGACAGCAGAAGAACUCAGCACGCAUGAAGCUGAGAAGCAGUAUGAAUGUUCGUUCUGUGGCAACAGGUUCAAGAACAAGAACGAGGCGGAGCGCCACCAGAACAGCUUGCAUGUCAGACGGCACAGCUGGUCCUGCUCUGCUCUUUUGAUGUCUAGCUACGACCGAGCGUUUCACGAGAGCACCAACAGACCCGGGGAAGCCGACUCGUGCGGUUAUUGCGGAGAGGAGUUUGCGCGAAAUGGUGGUGCGGGGCGUUCACGGCAUCCCACAGAGCUGGAUUGGGACGAGCGAUUGCGACAUCUUCAGGAUGUACACAAAUUCCGUGAAUGCAAUUCGAGCAAGAAGUUCUUUCGUGCCGACCAUUUCCGCCAACAUCUCAAGCACAGCCAUGCUGGAACGAGCGGGAAAUGGACCAACAUGCUGGAGAACGCAUGCAUGCUGGAGGAAGACCCCCCGCAACCACGCUGA